AGGACUGGUCUUACGGUGACAUCUACGCAGUCUCUGGUAAUCUCCUUUACUGUCUGCAGUCUCUGGUCAUCCCCUGCACUGUCUGCAGUCUCUGGUCUUCUGUACUAUGUCCACAGUCUCUGGUCAUUCCCUGUACUGUGUCCGCAGUCUCUGGUCAUCUCCUGUACUGUGUCCGCAGUCUCUGGUCAUCCCCUGUACUGUGUCCACAGUCUCUGGUCAUUCCCUGUACUGUGUCCGCAGUCUCUGGUCAUCUCCUGUACUGUGUCCGCAGUCUCUGGUCAUUCCCUGUACUGUCUCCGCAGUCUCUGGUCAUCUCCUGUACUGUGUCUGCAGUCUCUGGUCAUCUCCUAUACUGUCUGCAGUCUCUGGUCAUUCCCUGUACUGUGUCCGCAGUCUCAUUUCCUGUUCUGUGUAGUCUCUGCAUCUCCUGUACUAUGUCUGCAGUCUCUGGUCAUCUCCUGUAAUAUCUGCAGUCUCUGGUCAUUCCCUGUACUGUGUCCGCAGUAUCUGGUCAUUUCCUGUACUGUGUCCGCAGUCUCCGUUAUCUCCUGUACUAUGUCUGCAGUCUCUGGUCAUCUCCUG